CGGCUCAAGGGUACGGGCUGAUGCUUCUUGUGGCCGAAUUUAAAUCGCUGCAGACGACGGCGGCGGCUGCUCGCUUCUAGGGAGCGGGGAGAGAGGGAGAGGGAGAGCGGGCCGGGGAAGCGGCGCUGGGAUUUGUGCAGGGACCGAGCGGAGGGAAGCCCGGGCCCGGGCCCCUCUCACCUCCAUGCACCAGACCCCAGCGGCGGCUGCAGCAGCGGGUUCUUCCCGGGGGCGCUCCGGCCUCCAUGCCCACCACCGGGCUGAGGGUGCGGGUCCCGGGCGGCUGACUGAGCGCCCCCGGGCCGCCAGCGGAGCCGCCGGGCCGAUGUGAAGUUUCCGCGGAACUUUUGCGCGGAACUUUGCGCCGCCCCCGUGGGCUGGGGGCCAUGGGAGGCAAGCAGGCGAAGGGGCGGCCCCGGGCGGGGGCAGCCCAGGCCCCGAACCGCGACCACCUCCACCCGCCCAGCGGGCAGCGGGCUGAGGGCAGGGGCAGCGCCCCAGCUCCAUACCAGCGGCGGAUCGGCCUCAUCCACGACAUGGCGAUGCUGGCCAAGCAAGGGCGGCAGCAAGAGGCGGCUCAGCUGCUCCGGAGCCUCCGACAGGAUCUCGGGAUGGAGUCGACCUCGCUGGACGACGUCCUGUGUCGCUACGCCAGCUUCCGCAACCUGGUGGAUCCCAUCACCCACGAGCUCAUCGUCAGCCUGGCCCGCUACAUCCACUGCCCCAAACCGGAAGGAGAUGCGGCCGGAGGCCUGGAGAAGAUCUGCCGGCAGCUGACCCACCACCUGAGCCCGCACUCCAGGUGCAAACGGCAGGGACUCCUCAAACGCAAGCCCCAAGCCUGCCUGAAGGCGGUGCUGUCGGCGAGUGGGCCGAGCGAGAGCCUGGACCUGUCGGGGAUUGCGCUGAGCGGCCGGGACCUGCAGCGGGUGGCCCUGUACCUGCGGGAGAGCUGGGAGACAUUGUGCAGCGUGGAGCUGGGCUUCGUUGAGCUGACGGACGAGGGCUUCCUGCAGCUGCUGCCCACCCUGGCCUCGCUGCCCAGCCUCUGCACCCUGUCGCUGAACGGCAACAAGCUGACCCGGGCCGUCCUGCGGGAGCUGACCGACACGCUGAAGGAUCUGGACAAGUUCCCCAGCAUCAGCUGGAUCGACCUGGGCAACAACGUGGACAUCUACUCCCUGCCCCAGCCCUUCCUGGUCAGCCUCCGCCGUCGCUGCCCCAAGCACAGCAACCUGCCCACGAUCCAGGAGUUUGCCGAGAGCCAGAGCAGUGACCCUGAGGACUCCGAGACUGAGCGGUGCGGCCGGCUGGAGCAGGGGGUUGUGCCGGCACUGGAGCCAGGGACAGUCCCAGAGCUGGAGUCAGGGACAGUACCAGGCCUGGAGUCAGGGACAGUACCAGGCCUGGAGUCGGGGACAGUACUAGUGCUGGAGCAGGGGACUGUGUCGGCACUGGAGCCAGGGACAGUCCCAGAGCUGGAGUCGGGGACAGUACCAGGCCUGGAGUCGGGGACAGUACCAGGCCUGGAGUCGGGGACAGUACCAGGCCUGGAGUCGGGGACAGUACAAGUGCUGGAGCAGGAGGUGGUGCCAGACGUGGAGCCCUUGCUGGAUGCAGCGGAUGAAGGGGCUGUGGGCGCGGCUGGUGUGAUGCCUGGUCUCACCUGACGUACAGUCCAUGCACAGCCUGCCGUUAGAUCAGGGAGGGGACUGGGGGCAGACGCUUUGGUCCAGAGACCUCUGUGGGUGAGCUCUCUCCAACUAGGGGCCUGCAUCUCCAGUGCCUGUUGUACCCACUCUUCCACCUUCAUCCUGUGCGCGCACAGACACACACACAUACAGCCGGGCGACAUUCCCUGUCUGGAUGCCCUCCUGGUUGACCUUUCCAUUACGGAGUGAGCUGCCCUCUCGACCAGCCUUUCCAGCCAUGGGAUUGUUGUGUGGGAAAACUAUUGGAAUCCCAUUAUUCCCAGGUCUGGUCAUCUUCAAAUCCCAAAUUAUUCCUGAUGUGUGAGAAUGAGACGCCACCAGGUUCUGGUGCAACUAAUGGAAUCCUGUUAUUCCCAGGUCUGGUUCAACACUAGAAUCCCAAAUGAUUCCCGUUCUGUGGCUAAACCAGCUCCACCGGGGUCUGGUGCAGUGAAUGGAAUCUCAUUAUUCCAAGGUCUGGGUCAGCCAUUAGAAUCCCGAAUCAUUCCUGUUGUGAGGGAAUCCGGCUCCACUGGGCUCUGGUUGAACCACUGGAGUUGGCAGUGCUGCUGCUUCAGCUGUUGCCCCCCGGUGGGAUGGCCAUUUCCCCGGCUAGGUCACUCUGCUGCCCAUGUGGGAGGCCCAGCCUGCUGAGCUGUUGGCUGAGUGGGUCCCUCCCUCCUGGUCACCACCUCUCAUAGUCACUCACCUCGGUGUAGGGUCCUGGGGAGAUCAUAAGAGAUAGGAGCUGAAUUAGGCCACUCGGCCCAUCAAGUCUACUCUGCCAUACAAUCAUGGCUGAUCUAUCUCCCUCCUAACCCCAUUCUCCUGCCUUCUCCCCCAUCCCCUCUAACACCCGAACUAAUCAAGAAUGAAAGGAGGUACGGACGCUGCUGCCUUGGGUCGAGGCAUCAGAUACCUGCUGCCCUUGGCUUGGUUCCUGCUGCACACAGCUGGGCUUCCACUGUCCGUCGGAGCAGGCUGCGCUGGGGUUCCAUGGUCUCUCUGCCUCGGUCACUGUUGGAUCAGCGGCCUGGCUCCCUGCCCCUCUCCCCGUGCCACCCCUCUCCCCGCCCUCCCACAGCCCACUGUUGAGUGAAGCCGUCGGGCAGUGAUCACUCCCCACCAUCGGCUCCUGUGCAGAUUCUGCAGUCUGUGGUCCCUGCUGGGAAUGGCCUGAGUUUGCAGUGUCGCAGCCUUGCCCAUCCUCCACUUCAACUUGGACAUGAAUCUCCCGUGAUUUCUCCCCCCUCCGUGUCUCCUGCGUAUCCCACAUGGA